AAUGGCCAUGCCACAAAUAAGUCAAGCCGACCAGGCUAAAUUGCAGUUAAUGCAAGAAAUGGAGAUUGAAAUGAUGUCCGACUUAUAUAAUCGUAUGACAAAUGCCUGCCACAAGAAAUGCAUACCACCACGUUAUGGCGAAGCUGAAUUAGGUAAGGGUGAAAUGGUCUGCAUUGACCGCUGUGUGGCCAAAUAUUUGGAUAUACAUGAAAAAAUUGGCAAAAAACUAACAGCUAUGUCCAUACAAGAUGAGGAGCUAAUGAAAAAGAUGUCUGGUUAAGCUACUUAAAAAGCCAACAACAACUCAGGCCGCAAAACCAAUUUAAAAAUAAACAAACCAAUAAUUUUUACUAAAGUAGUUUUAAGUUUGCUGUCUUUAAACGCCAGUUCUGCGCUGUUUCCAACUUCCUUUUGUUGACACCUUCCUCAGUAUGGCUGUCGAUGGUGCGACACUUGACAGCACACCAUUGCAACAUUUUGCUGUGCAAAAAUAAAAUAUUUGAAUGUAAAUGUAUGUGAUUGCAUUUCAUAUGAGUAAUCCUACUCUACUUAUAGUUCAAUAAAAAAAACAUUUUGUUUUAAAAUAAAAUUAAAACGUU